UAGCAAAGUUAAAGAACAUAAUACGUAAAAUAUAAUGGAUUAUUCGGAGAACAGUGAGGUUUUAAAAGAUCAAAGUAGAUGUGCUCAUCUUCGUGCACAAUUAAAGAUGUGUCUACUUAAAACGGACUGUUGCAAUAAAGAUAAACGUACACCAAGAGAUUGUCUUCGAAGUAGAGAUCCAAGUGUGCCUGAUGAAUGUUAUUCCUUGUGGCAGACAUUAUUUGAUUGCAAGCAUUCUAUGUUGGAUGGAAGAAGAAGAUUUCGAGGAAUAAAGGGUUAUUAAGAAAACGUUUACAUUUAGUACUUUUAUCCCAGUAUACGAAGUACGGUAUGAUUAUAUAUUGUUGCAAUAACUUUUACUUGUAUAUAGCUUUGUAUAUGUGCGCAUACACACACACACACACAUGUAUAUAUUAUUUAUUAGAUAAGAAUUGCAUGAUGUCAAUAUCAAAAUUAAAAAAAAAAAAAAAAAAAAGGGUUCGAUAUCUAAUUAUUAUUUAGGACAAUGUGAUAAGGAAUAAGUGUGAAAGAAAAUGAAACAUAUUUUGGGAAUAAUGUUAGAAGUUAAUUUAUUGUUAAUAAUAUCUUCUCAUCAUAUUCGUUGUACAUGAUAUAUAAUAAAUUUUAUCGUCAUUGAUCUUGUAAGUAA